CAUCGUCAUCCUUGUCCUUUUCGUCACCCUCGUCGUCCUCUUACUGCUCCUCGGCCAGCUCAUCAUCCUCUUCCUCGUCCCCACCGUCCAGCCUUUUCCGCUCGUCGCUCGUGGUCGCGGAUGGCUGCGACGGGUUGCAGUGCUAUGGCAGCUUCGAUCCCGUUGCCGGUACGGUCGAAGUGAAGCAUAGCACCGACCGACCGACCGACGGUUUGCAGCAGUACUACUGCGACCGGAAUGGCAAUGGUUACGGUGCCAACCUGAACGGGUCCGGCGGCGAUCCGAACAACAAUGAUCCAUCCAGCGAGGAGUUUGAAUAUUUUAGCGAGAAAAAGUGUGCUCCCCAUUUGCUAUCGCGAGUGGCAACCUCACCACCGGUCCCAUCGGCGGUCCCAUCCGCAGAUCCAUCGUCAGUGUCGCAGCCAGCGAGUCUGACGACCGAACGAAGUCCCCUGACGCCAGGUCGCAGCGGUUCCGGUACAGCUUCCGGUGCCAGUGACCAUUCGAACGACAACCUGCGCAAAGUAGCAGCAGCAACAGCAGCAGCAGAAGCCGCGGACAGUAGUAGCAGCUCAGCGACAAGCAUGUUACUGCUGCAGCCACAGGCGUCAUCUUUUAGUUCCGUUUCUUCAUUUGAUUAUUUACUGUCACAAUCGCAAAGUCAUCAUCAGGAGCAGACUUAUCAUCAUUCGCAUCUGCCACAGGAGCAGCAGCAGCAACAGCAGCAACAGCAGCAACAGCAUCAUCCGCAUCCCCAGUCGGCGCUAGGACAUUCCCAACAGCAACAUCAUCUCGACCAACAGCAGCAUCAUACCCAUCCACACCAUCAUCACCAUCAGCUUUCGUCCGGGCUUGAUAAGUUCGUGGAGCUGUUCAGCUCGACCCAGCCGCAUACGCCGGCCGAAUCGAUCACCACCGAGUCGUAUCUAGCGGACCAGACGCAACAUUCCAACAGCUCGAGCGAUACGCUCGUCGGGCUCGAGGACAAUCCGUCCACGUUCGGCGGUUCCAGUGACAGCAUCCCGUCGGCAUUGCUCAAAUCCGCCUACAAGGAGGAACUGCCGAGCCCGUUCAGUGCCGGACCGUCGACGAGGGCACCCACAACCGAACCGCCCGAUACGGAUCUGCUGUUCGAGUCGUCCUCCACCGAAGAGCUCGGUCUGUUGACGCUUCGCUCCAGCAGCGAUCCGGUGUUGGCUAGCAGUGCCCGACUACCGCAGGCAAUCGUACACGCGCAGACCGCUGCACAGUCGGGUCAGGUGCUGCGGCCCAGCACAUCCGCGGCCGGACCGAGCGGUGUGGAUACGGCAGCAAUAGCAGCGGCGGCAGCAGCUGCUGCAGCAGCAGGUAACACCUCGCUACUGCCCAGCUUCCAGGAAACGUACCAGAUCAAGUACAAUCAGUUGGCCAGCUACGGGCUGAAGAUGGACGACGAUUGCUUCAAGAUGGCUGGGUCUCCGCAUCAUCAUCAGGCCGUUACGGCGGCGUACGCGCAUCAUGGUAACGUGUACGGCCAUGGCCAUCAGCAUCACCAUCAUCCGCAUGCCGGUUCGGGAGGAGUACUCGGUGGAGUUGGAAUCGUCGGCACGGGACUGCAUCAAGGCCAUUACGAAUUUACGUCACACACCGCCGGUGGUCAAGGUGGAGCAACUGGGGGUGGUAUCACACAGUACAACAACCCUACGGGACCCCCCGGAGGAGGUGGUGGUGGGGCCACCGGUGGCAGCUUCUACUCACCUUCGUACGAGCAGCACCCAGCGGUAAGCAUUUCUGAGCAAACUAUCUCCAAUUGCAUUCUUUACCAACCAGGGACACUUCUUUUACAGGGCUAUGGUGGACAGGUUGGAGCACAGGACACAUACUCAUUGCCGCCGUUCCCAACCGUUGCGGAGCUGCACGUAACCACGACCUGCCACCGCCGGUCAUCCCUCCCGAUACAGCGGUCGGAGUCAACGUCCAGCAGCGAAAGUCCGAAACCGCCACGAAUUGCGAUCUACAACAAGUACGCGGCACUGCCGAGUGCCUCCAGUUCGGCUUCUAGCUCACCUGGCUACAUGAACAACAACAAUCCGAACACGAUCAACAACAAUGAGGUUGCGGCAGCAGCGGCUGCGGCCGCAGCAGCAGCUGCUUCCGGAGGUAUCGUUGGAAGUAGUGCUCCAACGCCAUCGGUGGCGCCUGCUGCCAGUGCAACAGCCGCGCGUGCAGCACCGACCGCCCAGAGCCCUUCGCAGCUGUGUGCCGUGUGUGGUGAUACGGCCGCCUGCCAGCACUACGGUGUGCGAACAUGCGAAGGCUGCAAGGGCUUCUUCAAGCGCACCGUCCAGAAGGGUUCGAAAUAUGUCUGCCUUGCGGACAAAGCAUGCCCGGUGGACAAGCGUCGGCGAAACCGGUGUCAGUUCUGUCGCUUCCAGAAGUGUCUCGCCGUCGGUAUGGUGAAGGAGGUCGUCCGCACGGACUCGCUCAAGGGUCGUCGCGGUCGGUUACCUUCGAAGCCGAAAUCCCCACAGGAAUCCCCGCCGAGUCCGCCCGUGUCGAUGAUAACGGCGCUGGUGCGGGCCCACGUCGAUACGACACCCGAUCUCGCCAGCCUCGACUACAGCCAGUACAGGGAACCGGGCCAGAACGAACCGAUCAUUACCGAGGCGGAAAAGGUGCAACAGUUCUACAACCUGCUCACCACGUCGGUUGACGUGAUCAAACACUUUGCGGACAAGCUGCCCGGUUACAACGAUCUCAGCGUCGAGGAUCAGGAGCUACUGUUUCAGUCGGCUUCGCUAGAGCUGUUUGUGCUGCGGCUGUCCUACCGUGCCCGGAGUGACGACACGAAGAUGACGUUCUGCAACGGUGUCGUACUGCACCGUCACCAGUGUCAGCGUUCGUUCGGCGACUGGCUGAACGCAAUACUCGAGUUCAGCAAAAGUCUGCACGCGAUGCAGAUCGACAUCUCGGCGUUUGCCUGCCUGUGUGCGCUCACACUGGUCACUGAACGGCACGGUCUCCGGGAGCCGAAAAAGGUGGAACAGCUGCAGAUGAAGAUCAUCAGCAGCUUGCGGGAUCACGUCACCUACAACUCGGAGGCACAGCGCAAACCGCACUACUUUAGCCGGCUGCUCGGUAAGCUGCCCGAGCUCCGGUCGCUCAGCGUCCAGGGACUGCAGCGGAUAUUCUAUCUCAAGCUGGAAGAUCUCGUACCCGCACCGCCCCUGAUCGAGAACAUGUUUCUCGCCAGUCUGCCCUUCUAGAUAUGUGUGUGGGGUGUAUCUAAGUUGACGCGUACAAAACCUCUUCCACACCGUACUAAGCAGAACAAAAACAAAAACGCAAACAAAAGACAUCCCUCCCUUGCCUGGCUGCAACGACAAGAAUGAUUAGGCUAGUGCGGUUUGUUGUGCGAAACCGUGCGCUGUUCUCACGCUGUACUGUCCACGUUCCCGCGACGAUACUACGUGUAACCCCGUAGUGAGCAUCAUCGUGUUAGGUGUUUAGAAUUAAUAAUGUUUACAAACAACCGCAACAAACAAACAAACAAACAAAAAAACAUUAUACUGCUGGUUAUACUUGCGUGUAUUUGUGUGUGAGCUAGCUAGUAAGAUGAUCGUACAAUGAUCCUUGUGUGUGAGUGUGUGUGUGUGUUUGCGUGUGAGUUUGUACAUGUGUGUGUGUGUGCGUAUGUGGGAGUAGAACAAUAAGUAUGGUUAGAUAAACGAUCGAUGAAACGUAAAAAUGGCUUUAUUUUUAAGAGGAAAUACUUUUGAGACAACUUUAGAUAAAUCAAUUCAACUCUUAAUUGCCCUCCCCCAGAAAGACAUCCUUAGCAUCCUGCUGCGCAACCGGCUUGUGUACCGAUCGAUUGAAAAACGAAAUGAUUUAUGGGACAAUUUUUCAUCAUUUUUAUUUUCCAAUUUUUAAGGCACUUGAUCAGUUUUUUUUAAACCCCCCUCUCUUCCCUCGCUGCUGGAUACAAUGUCGGCACUUUGGUGCUUGAUUGUUUUAAAUGAAUUGCAAUUAAACUGUGAUUAUAUUGAUGAGUUUUUCGAUUUUCACCUAGGAUCCGGGCUCGGGUCUAUAUAGGUAGGGGUUUCCCGCUUGGUCCAGCGUUCAAGUUUAUCGUACGCUUCUUAUCGUGCAGUUUUAUUUUUAUACGUCAAAAGAAAAAAAGCCCCAAAAAUUGCAUAUCCCGACCAAAGCACCACUGCGCUGCUCGUUUCGUUUUUGGGGAGCAGAAAAAAAGCAGCUUCGGAACCGCAGUCGGAGUUUGAGUGUCGCCACAUGAAUUAUGCAUCGGCAAAGCGAAGAAGAAUCCUUCCACGCAUGGUUGUUUCCCUUUUUUAGUGGAACGCAUUUAAACGACCGCUUUGCUUUGCUUUUGGUGUUGCGGUUCAUCAACCUCUUCUUGCUACCCGGUAGAGUCAUCCGCUGUUAAACCUCCUGGAGCAAAAAGGCUUCCUCGAGCGUCCGACCGCAUCACCCUUGUGUGUCAUUAUCGGGUGCGUGGUCAGGUUAUUAUAAAUGUAGAUUGUUCGCCCUGUUCGAUUGGACAGAAUAACGUUUCGGAUAAUUUAUUGACCGCAACCAGUAUUUUCCUUUGGCGGUUGCUGUGCUGUUUUUUUUUUAAUUCGCCCCGAUGGGUAUGUUUAUUAUGUAUGUUUUUAUUUGAUGCAGUCGCCCAAUCAAGGAAGAGGGAAAGUUUUUGCAAAUGUUUGCCCCCAAAACUAAGUUAGGGGUCCCCUGUUUUUGGGUGGGUGACGAAAAUAAAUCAAUUUUUCGCUCAUUCGUUUGUUACAUUUCGCUGUACCGUCUGUGAAGCGUUGUGAAGCAAAUUUGGGAAAACAAAAGUGAUGAAAAAUACCUAUUUUCACAACGGUACGGCAAGCGUAAACUUCAAAUGUCGAUCAAACCCAUCAAGAAGGAAUCAAUAGGUUCAUACAAAAAUUGUUCGGCACCUGAAUCGAGUUUCAAAACAACACUAAAACAGAACAGAACCCGUUGUGGUUACCCAACUAGUGUACUCAGAGUAGAUAACCAUAAUAGAUAACCAUAAGUAGUACAAAACCAGAAAUAAGGACAUAAAUAGUAAAAGCGUCUCAAAUUCAGCAAAACUCAUUACAAAAUCCAUAAGAAAGAUAGCAAAAUAAGAUAAGAUCGUAUACAAGGGAGAGAGAGAGAGAGAACGAGCAGAAGGAAAACAAGGAGAGGAGAAAAAUAAUCUUGAACAACAUUAUUGCGAUACUUUUAUGCUAGUCGGAUAAUUUUAAUUGUAAAAAAAACAAGCAAAGUGAAAACGAAAAGGAAAACUUACCACUAACCUUGUCACCUGUACGAAAGGAUAAGAAAAACGGGGAAGCCAUUUUUCACUAGCAAAAUAAAAAAGCAAACUCUCUCACACACACACACAUCUAACCCGUUCAGUGUUACGUACAAUAUAGGUUAGGUAGAAGAAAAAAGAAAACGAACAGCAUGCACAAAUCUACCGCAAAUAGAAACAAAAUCCAGCCCAAGGAGCUUAUCUAGUAGAGAAUGUGUAGCUAACGCGUGUUAGUAAAAUGAAGCUCCUACAGAAUGAUCCACCCAGCAACAUAAACAGGAGCAAAGAACAUAAGUAAAGUUUGUACUACAGGAGCGCUCCAUAGGUUUGAAGUGGCUUUUGCACAUCUUGAAUCUUGAUUUGCUUUGUUUAGCAAUAAUUACGUUACCAGAGCUUGCCAUUGAACUUUUACGUUGUUUGUUUUAUAAUUAUGUGUUUUAUUUUCUUUUUUGUUUAUGUCUUUGCGUACCGCCACGUUAUCGGUGGGUAUCUUUUGUGGUUUUUUUCUCGCGUUUAAUUUUCAUAGUGUAAUCUUUUCCUCCGUUUGUUAACUCGUGACGAUAGUUUAGUGUACUUUAUGUUUUGUUUCUUUAAGUUUAAUUAUUGUAAGUUUAAUUAUAUUGCCAAGUUUAAGAUGCUUGUUUUUUGUGUACAUAUACUUUGUUAGCAAACAACUUACCCGUAAGAUUGCGUUACAACCAUUAAAGCUAGAGAUAUCGUGUGUGCAAAUUACAAACUCCUGGAAAUCCUUCCGAAUAACGAACGGCCAACGCUUAGUUUCGUGCUUCUUAUUCAAGUGUAGUGUCCACGCUUCUGCUCGGUAGUUAAAACCAUAAUCUAUUUCACACGUGCCUACACACACACACACACAUAUGAAGACUCGUCUUGUUUAGCAAGUGUCCGGCAGUCCGGCGCCUUACAAUUCCGAACAAUGUUUGCCUUCGAAAGCACCUUCUAAAACAAAACAAAAAUGUUUGUCUUCUAAAGAUAACCAGGAAACUGUUCACUGUUCCACGGAAACGAACCUGUACCGAAUGAAAAUGAUUGAGUUGACGUAUUACUUUAGUUUUUCAUGCAUCUGAUAGGAACCAAAAGACACACAUACCGCGAGAGAAAGAAAGCGAUACAAAAACGAAUUAAAUAGAUACCUGAAAGUGCCAUUUUAUUGUUCUUUCCUGAGAGGAAAGGAAAAAUGGGGUUUAAAAAAACGAGAAUGUUAUCGUUUAUCAUAUGGACACAAUAGAAUUCACAACAUACAGAGAAGAAAAAAAAUGAAAACUAAAAUGAAAAUGUAAGUUUGUGAGAUCAGUGGUAAAAAAAGAGGUACACAAAACAGGUAACAACAUUGAGGAACACAGUACAGAAGAAAACAAAAACCGGAUGCCUUGAAGUUAACCUAUACCAGAGACUAUAGAACGAACCGGAAAGCACAACCCCGGGAAGCAAACAAUUAUGACAAAACAAAAAACUAUCGGCUAAAAGACUUGUGGAAAAGACAAAUAGAUAAAAAAAAUAAUAUAUUUAAUAAAAAACAAAUGAACUUUAAUGUAUGGACACAUAUUACAUAUAACUAUUCGCCGGUUGAAGCAACCGAUACGUAACUAGGCAAAAGUGAAAUAGAAAAGGAAAUGGAAAAGGGAGAAAGAGAGAAAAGGGGACGAAACAAAAAAAAAGACACACACACACAACAUGGGAACCAAAUUUUCUGCUAAGUGGAUACAUUUAUAUAUAUACACAUUCGACCGUG